CAGCGGAGCCGGCGCGCUCCCGCCUGCAGGGGGAGGGCGGACGGGGCGCGGGGACCGGCCAGGCCGCGGCGGGCGCUGUUUCUCUUUCACUUUCCUUCCCUCUGAGGCCGGCGCGCUGGCGGGCGAGGAGCGGUGGUGGCGGCGGAGGCGGCGGCCGCGGGAUAUGGGAAAGCCGAAUCACCAAAAGGAGUGAUGACCAGCGAUCUCGUGAUAAAUCUGGAUGUUAGUUCUCAUGCCUCAGGACAUCCAGUUGGGAACUCCACACCAGCUCCUGGGAUCAAACUUCAUCCACUUACUACCCCUCUUUGCCUGAACUACUAAAGCCUAGCUAACCACGAAUGGCUACCCAAAGGAAACACUUGGUGAAAGAUUUCAAUCCUUACAUCACCUGCUACAUCUGUAAAGGGUACCUGAUCAAGCCAACUACAGUGACGGAAUGCCUCCAUACCUUCUGCAAGACUUGUAUUGUCCAACACUUUGAAGAUAGCAAUGACUGUCCGAGGUGUGGUAACCAAGUGCAUGAGACAAAUCCAUUAGAAAUGUUGAGGUUGGAUAAUACAUUAGAGGAAAUUAUAUUUAAGCUGGUCCCUGGACUACGAGAACAGGAACUUGAGCGUGAAUCUGAAUUCUGGAAGAAAAAUAAGCCUCAAGAAAAUGGACAAGAUGAUACUUCAAAAGUUGACAAACCUAAAGUAGAUGAAGAAGGUGAUGAAAAUCAAGAUGAUAAAGACUAUCACAGAAGUGACCCACAAAUUGCUAUAUGUCUAGAUUGUUUACGAAAUAAUGGACAGUCAGGGGACAAUGUAGUAAAGGGUUUAAUGAAGAAAUUCAUUCGGUGUUCUACGCGUGUAACUGUGGGAACUAUUAAAAAAUUUUUAAGUUUGAAACUAAAACUUCCAAGUUCUUAUGAGUUGGAUGUGCUGUGCAAUGGUGAAAUUAUGGGGAAGGAUCACACUAUGGAAUUCAUCUACAUGACAAGAUGGCGACUAAGAGGCGAAAACUUUCGGUGUCUGAACUGCUCAGCUUCGCAAGUCUGCUCUCAGGAUGGCCCUUUGUAUCAGUCCUAUCCCAUGGUAUUGCAGUAUCGACCAAGAAUUGAUUUCGGUUAGACCAAGGGGCCUCGAUCCCCCCGAGAUGAAUCCUGCACUUUGUUUACUCAUCAACAGAUCGCACAGUGAACGGUGUGUGGACGAGAGGGACACAACCAGAUUUUCAGCAUGCAAAUAAGGCCAUUUGUCUGUCUCUAAAUUGUCAGUUACAUUUAUGUUGUUUCUAUUGAGAGUGAACCAAGUGCCAUUCUGCUACUGAACCAUCUGCAUAAGGUAUCUUUGCCGUCUCACGGUGUCCAGUACGGCCAGGGUUGGCAUCAGCUAGGUGUGCAGUCACGAUCCAGCCUCCCACGUAUCUUGCUUGCCUGUUCCCAGACUGUCCUGAUGUUUGAUUACACUAGUACUAUGACUCUGUGUGGUGUUGCAGUGUUCACAUACUUAAUAUUUUAUUAACCUUUGUUUAGAGUACUGUACAAGAAAUAAUUACUGUCUCUUGAAGUUAUUUUGUAUGGGAAAGUAUUUAGAAGAAUGGUUUUUGAGCCACUGUCCUGUUCUCAGUAAGCUUUUUGUGCAUGAAAUAGUUCACUCUUGAGUGUGCAAGUCUUUGGGGAAGAAUGCCAAUCAUUCUUAUCAUUAGAGCACAUGAUAGCAGUAGACCUUUUCAGUCCUCCAGCUGUGUAGUCUGCCAGUUGCACAAGGAGAGCAGCUUAGCCCUCGGGAUGGAAAAUGGGAGGGACUUCGUGGAGACCUGAGGUGGGAUUCACAACCAUUCAAGACGUUGACAACUGGUCACAUUUACUCUAACAAAAUUAAUGCAUCAGUAAGGUCAAACUUUCAUAAUGCCUUAUGAAAAGCAGGUGCUGCUUCACGAAACGUCACUGUGUAUAGCCUGUUUUAUGUGUGUGUCAUUAUAUUGUGGCUCCCAUUUAAUGAGUGUGGUGUCUCUCUUUUUAAGUUGGCCUUAGGUGUGUGUCAUUGUGGCAUGCAGAGGGUUAGGAUGAUUUUAAAUAUUAGGACUUUUAGAGCAGAUAACAUUAGCUAUUUUAUGGAUCUCAGAAGUCUCAAGGCAAUUACCAAUCAAAACUGUUAGUUACCUAUCACAUUUCCAAACCAUAUGCGUAAAAUAGAAUAAAUGCUGUGUAGUAGGUAAAUAUGCUAACCGAAAUUAAUGGUUUGAGGAUAUUUCAUUUUAGAUCCUGUAGUAAUCAGGGGGAAACGGGAUUCUGUUUUAUACAUAAAUUCAUUAAGUUCAGAGCUGUGAUAAUGUCCUUGAUUUUGCAGUUUUGUUAAGUCUUCCGUUCAUUUUGAGAUUAGUCUGCAAGUCAAAGUAAGUCUUGUUACCUUAAAUUAUAUGAAGAACUUCAUUUUAAACCUUUUAAAAUUUACAGUUGUUUUCAAAAAACUUCUUUGGAAAUCAAGUUUUAUUAAUUGCUUCAAAAUAAACAAGUUAACCUCUAAAACUUAGGAAAAAUCUUGAAAGUUAGGAAAACUCUUUUAGAAAUCUGACAUGAGCACAAUCUGUGUGUUACACACAUAGUUUUUAUACUGUAUACAUUAUAGAUGUGCUACAUUUUCCAGUAAAAUGUAUCACGGAUUAAUGCCUUCUGAAUCUCAAAAUGCUUCUUGUAACAUAGUACAACUCUAAAAAACAUACAAAAUACAGCUAAAUCUUGAUAUACUUCACAACAUAAAAGGCUGAAACUUCAUAAUUAUCUCUUCCAUGUGUCUUUGUUUCAAGUUAGAGAGUCUGUAUUAAAGUCUUCUAUUGUUUUUGACUUUUGUGACAAAGGUUAUGGCAAUGCUUUCUGAAUUUCAUUUUGUUAGAUUGUGUUUGUGCCUGGAAGGACUCACAAGCAGAAUUUAAAAGGCAGAUUUUUGUUAACUCUUUAAAAAUGGUUAGGUUACACUCAACCAAGAACAGAAUUUACUCUCCGCUACAGAAAUCAUUUUGCUGUGCUAUAAAAUCCAGUUCCCUGACAUCUCUAAGAAAUUUUAAAAUCGCAGUCAGUGAUUAAAAUGGUGUUUUACAUAUGGAAAUUAACUCAAAAUGGAUUGAGAGUGCGUUUUAAAAACCACAAAGGAGACCUACAUGUGAUUGGGUCUCCAGCCAAACUUACAGCCUUAAAUCAGUUUUGUAUACCUGAUCUCUUUCAAUCUGGCCUGUUGCUGCCUCAUCUCAUAUAAUUUCACUCUUUUCCAAGGAAAUACCUAGGAAGCAAUUAUGGGAUUGAGAAUAGUUUUAUAUAAAACUCUGUUAUUCCAUGUUAACCUGUUAACAUUUUUACUGAAAUGCAAUGGAAUAUGUGCCAAAACAUGUGAAAGAAAACCUUAAGUAAAGAAGGGUAUCAGUUACGUGUUAGGGAAAGGUACUCACUUUGUGAUGGUCCUGAGUAAUACAAUGUUACUCUUAAGAACCAUAGACUUCUUCAACUGAUUUCUUUUGGUAUAUUCAACUAUGAUUUUCUAAGUAUGGGACUACUAUCAUGUCUAGCAAUACACUAAUUAUCCCCUAAGUCAGAUUGUGGAAUUUGUAAGAAACUAGGUACAGAAAAAAAUAUAUAGGCAACUUUUGUGGUUAGUUUUAUCAGCUUAGGGUACUAAUAAAAGUCUUUAUAUAAAUAACCUGUAGAAAUAAUCAUUUGAAUCUGCAAAAUUGGGGAAUCAAGUUAAAAUUUUUUAAUCUAUUGUUUCUUAAGCAAUGAACUGAAAGAACUUUACUUCCAUAAAAGAUUUUACCAUCUGUUUUCUCUGCCUUAGAUAUCAGAGAUGUAAGAGGGUCAAGGAACCUGGGGUAUAAAGAAGGACUGUGGCCUAUAGAUCCCACUUUAGCUGGGGUCAUCACAUCCAUUAAUAGGAGAAUCAGAAUAUAGCCUUUUCUCUAGAUUAACAAAACACUUUUAAGAAGUAUAAAAAAUGAACUAAAAGGCUUAUUGAUGAGGUAAUAUAAGGUAUUUCAGUCUGGGGUACAGGUACCUUGGGUAAUAUCUUUUAAUUACUUUACUAAAAGUGUAUUAUAUCUUUAUUCAUUGGAAAUAUGUCCCAUACGAAUAUGCCACGUUUUAUAAAUGUAAUGAGUUUGCUCAACUACAUUAUACACUCCAAUUUAAUCUAAAUUUAAAUGACUCUCUAAGGGGGGGAAAGUGUGUUAUAUAAUAUUGUGAGCUGUUUAGCUUUACUGAAAUCUUUAAGAGAAAGUGCCUCAUUGCUAAAGUGCAUUUCUGUUUAGAUUUGUUGCAUAAACUUUGAGUUAUCUGUACCUGUCUCUUAUGAAUGGUUUUGUAUCUAACUAGGCACUAAAGUUAAAGUAAUCUCUUUUUGAAAGAUUUUCAUAAGAAAUAGAGAUCACCAAAGACAUUCUACUGUUCAUUAAUAACCAUGGUAAGAGAGACAGUUUUAACAGUUUGGAGGUUGGAAUUUUUUUAGGUUGCAGUUUAAUUUUAUAUAGUUAGUAACUCAAUAAACUUGAGU